AUGCUUUUUUUAUUAGUAAUAUAAUGUAUUGCAGCUACUUCUAUAUUGAAGAAUACUAACUCCUUAUAUGAAGAAUGGAGAAAUAAAGCAUAACUUUUAGUUACAAGAACACCAAUAGAAAUGAUAAGAUAAACUUUAGGAUUAAGAAGAUUAGAUGGGGAUAAUGAAGAAUAAUUUGUUAUUCCAGACUCUAAAAUAGAUUUAAAACAUGCUAGAUAGUUUAGAAUAAUGGAAGAGAAUGGAACAUCAAAACCUACAGUUCCAGUAGUUAAUGUUACAAUUAAUGAAUAUCUAAGAUAAGGCCCAUUGAUUCCACUUAAGUGUUAUCUUGGCUAACCUAUUCUAAUUAAUGUAACUUAACAUUAUUGUUUCAAAUAAAGGGUCACUUAUAUUUAAUAUAAAGAUAUUUCAAUUAAUAAUUCAGCUAAUUGUACAAUAAGAUAUCGAUUACAUUAUGGAUGUUUAUGUCCUCCUGAUUUUUAUGGAGAAUAUUGUAAAUAUUGGAAUCCUAUAGUCUGUGAAAUAGAAUAAUCAUCUAAGGAUUGUAAAUUAGUUGUAGAUGAAGAUUAUUAUAAUAAAAAGAUUGAUGGUAAUCCCCCAUGUAAUUAAUUUAGAAGUAGUUAAUUUGUGGAUGUAAAAUUAUUUAAUCUAUAUAGAAUGUGAGAACAGUGUGUUAUAACUAUUAUUAAAAUUAAUUAAAUAGUAGUGUAUUUCAUCCUGAAGAAAAUUAUACUAUAAUAUGGAGUAAUUAUACAAAAGGUAUCAGUGCAUUAUUACCUUAAUAAUACAAAUAUUCAGCUCCUAUACCUGAGAAUCCUAAUGAUCCAUAAUAAUAUAUUCAAUAUGCUACAGCAUCAGAAGAAGCAGAAAAAGAAUACUUCAAAUAUGAAUAAAAUUCAUGUAUUGGAACAGAUUCAAAUAUAUUAUGUAGUUCAUUAUUCUUUAAUGUAACUCCAUUUGUAAGAUUUAUAAAUUGGACAUUCUUAUCAUAAUCUGAAACAACUUAUCUAGAUUAUAAUUUGACACUUGAAGAACUAAUUGGAUAGAAGUAUAUUUAAGUUCCUAUCACAAUGACUAAAUCUAAUCCUUUAUUUGGAAGAUAUUCAUUAGAAAUUGGAUUUAUUCUACAUCUCUAUGGAUAUAAUGAAUUAUAUUCAAUAAAUGGAUCUAAUCAAACAAUAUAAAGUGGUCCAAAAGAAUAUUAACCAUAGUUGCAACCAAAAAUCUUAUUUUUUGAAGACUAGUUUUAUGAAGGUAUUUAUAUUUAAAUAUCAAAGAACCUACUUCUUCAAUUAGACCAUUAGGUAAAAAUGCAAGAGCUGGAUUGAUAAUUUCCAUUAUUCUAUUACUCAUUGCAAUUAUAUUGAUCUAUAAAUAUAGAAAUACCUUAACAGAAUGUUGUUUCCCUCGUAUUGAUAAAGUUGUUCCUGAAAAAUAUGAAAAUUAAAAAAGCUGUUGUAAAAAGUGUUUUGAUUAUUUCAAAAAUUAUUAAGUUCGUGAUAAUAUGCCUGAACCUGAACCUGAACCUAAACAUACACAUUAAAAUUAAAGUUUGGAAUGA